AAUAGAAUUUUUAUUUUAUCAUCAUUAUUCAUCUCAAUGAUGCGACUUCACAAACUCUACCAUCGCCUCACUCUUCUCCCUUUCUCCCCGUUAUCAUCGCUCCCUUCGAAUCCUUCUCUUCUCCCUCCCCCACGCCUCACCUUCCGCCGCAGAAUCGCCUCCAACUUCGGCCCCAUGACCACCACCUCGCGGCUGCGCCACUUAGCACCCAUCGCUGCUCUGACUGCUGAAGACGGCGCUGCCGGAGCUUCCACCGCCACCGCCGCUACUUCCACUGAUUACGAAGAUGAAUGGACUUUAGGAUCAGGCUAUCGUGCUCCUCCACCUGAUAUCAAGGACAUUGUUGAUGCUCCACCUCUUCCUGCAUUGUCAUUUUCGCCGCUUCGGGACAAGAUUAUUUUUCUCAAGCGAAGAGCGUUACCUCCACUAGCGGAUUUGGCGAGGCCGGAGGAGAAAUUGGCUGGUAUACGUAUUGAUGGAAGAUCCAAUUCGAGGAGUCGUAUGUCAUUUUACACUGGUAUAGGGAUUCAUACAAUUCUCCCUGAUGGAACAUUAGGGCCAGAGACAGGGGUGCACGGUUUCCCUGAUGGUGCAAAGAUCAAUUUUGUUACUUGGUCACCUGAUGGUCAGCAUAUAGCCUUUAGCAUUCGUGGGGAUGAGGUUGACGAGGACAGUGAUAGCAGUAAAAUCAGAGUGUGGAUUGCAGAUUUGGAAACAGGGAAAGCUAGGCCUUUGUUUCAGUCACCUAAUGUACAUCUGAAUGCUAUUUUUGACAAUUAUGUUUGGGUAGGUAACUCUUCAUUGUUAGUUUGCACGAUCCCACUAUCUCGUGGAGCUCCACCAAAGAAACCUUUGGUUCCUGCUGGCCCAAAAAUUCAAUCUAACGAGCAGAAAACCAUUAUUCAAGUAAGAACGUUCCAGGAUUUGCUGAAGGAUGAAUACGAUGAGGAUUUGUUUGACUACUAUGCAACCUCACAGCUUGUUUUAGUUUCUUUGGAUGGUACAACAAAGGAUAUUGGCCCACCAGCUGUAUAUACCUCUAUGGACCCUUCCCCAGAUCAUAAGUACACUUUGAUCAGUUCAAUACACAGGCCAUACUCUUUUAUUGUCCCUUGUGGAAGAUUUCCAAAGAAAAUACAGUUAUGGAGUGCUGAUGGAAAAUUUGUCAGGGAGCUUUGUGACUUGCCCCUUGCUGAGGACAUUCCAAUUGCAUUCAGCAGUGUGCGUAAAGGGAUGCGUUCCCUUAAUUGGAGAUCUGACAAGCCAUCAACACUUUACUGGGUAGAAACUCAAGAUGGAGGUGAUGCAAAGGUGGAAGUUUCUCCCCGUGAUAUAAUUUAUACACAGCCUGCUGAAUCUUCAGAAGAUGAACAGCCAGUGGUAUUACACAAGCUUGAUCUUCGAUAUGGAGGGAUUUCUUGGUCUGAUGAUUCAUUGGCUUUGGUAUAUGAAUCUUGGUAUAAAACACGGCGAGUAAGGACAUGGGUUGUCUCUCCUGGAUCCAAAGAUGUGGCUCCACGCAUCCUAUUUGAUCGAUCUUCAGAAGAUGUGUACUCCGAUCCUGGCUCUCCCAUGAUGCGGAGGACUCAAGCUGGGACGUACGUUAUUGCCAAGAUAAAGAAGGAAAGUGAUGAAGGAAGAUAUAUUAUACUGAAUGGAACUGGUGCUACACCAGAAGGGAACAUCCCAUUCCUUGAUCUGUUUGACAUAAAUACAGGUAAUAAGGAACGGAUCUGGGAGAGCAAAAAGGAAAAGUAUUAUGAGACUGUUGUUGCUCUAAUGUCUGAUCAAGAGGAAGGGGAUUUGCAUUUAGAUAAGCUGAAAAUACUGACUUCAAAAGAGUCAAAAACUGAAAACACCCAGUAUUACUUUGUUAGCUGGCCAGAUAAAAAAAUAGUUAAAAUUACAAAUUUCCCUCAUCCAUACCCUCAGCUUGCAUCAUUGCAGAAAGAGAUGAUCAGGUAUCAAAGAAAAGAUGGGGUUCAACUUACUGCUACAUUAUACCUGCCACCUGGUUACAAUCCAUCAACAGAUGGCCCUUUGCCAUGUCUGGUUUGGUCAUACCCAGGAGAGUUUAAGAGCAAAGAUGCUGCUGGACAAGUUCGUGGUUCUCCAAAUGAAUUUUCUGGUAUAGGUCCCACAUCGGCCCUUCUUUGGUUGGCUAGAAGGUUUGCAAUUCUAUCUGGGCCUACCAUUCCAAUUAUUGGUGAGGGUGAUGAAGAGGCAAAUGAUAGGUAUGUAGAGCAAUUAGUUGCAAGUGCAGAGGCUGCAGUGGAGGAAGUCAUUCGGCGUGGGGUAGCUCAUCCAAACAAAAUUGCUGUUGGUGGCCAUUCCUAUGGUGCGUUCAUGACUGCCAACCUCUUGGCACACGCACCUCAUCUUUUCUGUUGUGGUAUUGCUCGUUCUGGUGCUUACAACAGAACACUUACUCCUUUUGGUUUUCAGAAUGAAGACAGGACUCUUUGGGAGGCUACUAGUACUUAUGUAGAAAUGAGUCCUUUCAUGUCAGCUAAUAAAAUUAAGAAGCCUAUAUUGCUGAUACAUGGGGAAGAGGAUAAUAACUCAGGAACAUUAACCAUGCAGUCAGACAGGUUUUUCAACGCUUUGAAGGGUCAUGGUGCUCUUUCUCGACUGGUGAUACUGCCUUUUGAGAGCCAUGGUUACACUGCCAGAGAAAGCAUCAUGCAUGUCCUUUGGGAAACAGAUAGAUGGCUGCAUAAAUAUUGCGUGUCAAAUAGUUCUGAUAAUACUGACGCAGUCAAAGAAAACCCCAGUAAAGGAACUACGGAUGCUGAAAGCAAAGUAGUUGCAGCUAGUGGAGGUGGCAGCACAGAAGAGUCUGACCCAGAGUAUGAAGAAUUUCGUUCUCUGCCAAGGUCAUCCUUGUGAAGAAAUCUCUGGUCUUUCGACCGCGAAGGACUAGGAUUGAAGCAUCCAAAUGAUGCAUGUGGAGGACAGAUCAGCUAGGCGGCCUUCAUUGUGAGACUGGAACUCGUGCAAAUUGUCAGGGAGAUCAAACGCAUUCCAUACUGGGAUGUAGUCCUUUAAAAGCUUCUAUACCAAUAAACUAUAGUAGCAUUACUGGCCCAUUGACAAGUUUGCCAAAUUAUAUAUAUCUUCAUGGCUUCACCCGGAUAUUUCAUCAUCCGUUGCCCGUAUAUUCAGAAGGGUCCUUAGUGGCGUUGCCGAAUAAUUUGACAAAGAUAUUUAAAUAUACUUGAGGAAUAACCAAGCUAGUAAUGUAUUCUUUCUAUAUAGUCUUGGGCAUGUGGCCAUGUGGGCUUGCUAUCGAUCUUGCCUUCCUAGUUUUGUACUUGUGAUUCAUUUGAUUGCAUCUGCGAUUUAUUUUGGCCCCAGGUCAAACGAGGUUGCCAGGUUGAUGUGAUAUUUUAACAGUUUUGGAGGGAUCAAAAGUGAUGCAAGAAGGAUACCCUUUAACUGAUUAGGCCUCCACAUGGGCUGGUUAUUAGGUAAAACAUGAGUCAUAUAAGUAAAUGAUAUUACUUAUUUAUCCUUA